CAUAAUCUUGACGAUACAAUUUCUAUUAACCAUAACUGGUUGAAUGCCAGUAAUAUUGAUAUCGUUUGUAAUUUUUUAUGCUCAGAGUUUGAAUUGGUUAAAAAAGAAAUUAUUGAUUGCAAAGAAUUAAUGACUGAAAAGGAAUGGCUAAACCAAUGCCUAAUAAUAAUGAAAGCGAAUAGUGGAACAGAUUUAAAUGAAUUUGUUCAAUUCUUAACAAAAAUAUCUAAUCCACGUAUAAUAUCACUGCAAAAUCAUUUGCAAAAACAUCCCAAACUAAGAUUCGCCUGUGAAUGUUCAAAUACAGAAUACCAAGACAAUAUGCGAAUAUACAGUGUUCUCAAGACUUUUUUAGAUAGAAUAAAAUUAGAAAAUGAAGAUGAUACAAGUUUUCAUGCUACAUACUGUGAGCUUGUUAGUGACAAAAAUCAUGUUUUUAUGGAGUCUUGUGUAAAUCACACAAUCUAUGACCUUUGCAUGAUAUUGAAUGCUAUUAAAAUAGUUUUGAAAAGCGGUGAAUAUGAAAUUUACGGAAGUUGCGAUAUAAAAAAAUUGUUUCACAAUGUUUUUAACAGUAUCUAUCUCUUUUGUGAGUGUCCAUCAAUGUGAUGUGUCUUAAAUUACGUAAUUUUGAAGCCAUUGUUUGUCUCUGAACCAAAGGUCAAGUCAGAAUGUUCGCAAAUUUUAAUUGUUGCUGAGUCAUAAUAUGUUUCAUAAAACAAAAAUGAAAAGGAUAAAUACGAGGCUCAGUGGCACUAUUAACAUUGGAAGUCACAUGAAAACAGGGGUUCUCCCCCUUUAUACUCUCAUUUACCCCUUGGCAAAUUUCAAAAGUAAACUUUUACCUUCUUAUUUUUGUAUACUGUCAAUUUCAUGUGUGCUGUAAGUAAAUUAUGACUACAGUUAAGCUGAGCUAACUUGAGUCAUUGACCCACCUUAAGUAUCAUUUUUCAACUAGACACUUAACAACCACCACUGUGAAUUGGCUUUUCUUUUCUUGUUUUUUGAAUUUAGGGGAUAAGUCAAAGUUGACCCCAUAAUAUUAUCAUUGUGUUUUAAAUAUUUCACUGAAACCAUCAUAACAUGUGAAUAAUCUAAAUUAUUUAUUCCAAGUUCUAAAAUACUAUCUAAUUUGUUUAUGUAAGGCUGAGAUUGCUUAUAAUAAUAGUGUCCCGCUAUUAGCAACCUGGGUGAGAACAGUUGCAUUUACAAAAUUUUUUUAUUUUGGUAAAUCAGAAUAAUUUUACAGUGAGUGGUAUGUGUUGAUCUAACAAAUAUUUCAAUUACUGAUAUUUAUUUUUAAAUUUUAUUUUCAAGAUUCCAAGGAGAUUGUUUAUUAUAAAAUGCUUAAUACUUCUAUGAGAAUCAUCUGUCAUAUGCUUCUUGUUUACUACAGUUAGUGCUUGUUAUAACUGACAUAGUUUUGUUGUGUAAAGAUGAAUUCUGAACAGGUGCAAGGUACCAAUGACAGCAGCAUAGUUAGUAAGCUUUCUAUGGUACAGAGGGGAUAUUUUGAAGAUGAUUUUAUCAAAUCUUUUGUUGAGAAACCGUCACGUAGAUCUCCUCUUAUAAAUAGAUGUUAUCAUGCAAGAGCAGCAGCCGUAUCAUACUGUGUUGAAAAAUUUGUUACAAGUGACAAAGACAUGAAGCAAAUCAUUUCACUUGGUGCAGGAUUCGAUACAACCUAUUUUCGUUUAAAGCAGAAGGGUUAUAUGAAAAAUAUUCAAUAUAUUGAAAUUGAUUAUCCAGCGGUCAUGAAACGGAAGGUAGCACUAGCAAAGAGAGCAAAUCUGAUUCUGGAAGAUGAUGAAUUAGAACACAGAACUGAAAGAGAGCUUGGAUUUCUAAUCUAUAAAUCUGAAGAAUACAUAUGUUUGGGAUAUGAUUUGCAGUUAGUUGGGAAGCGACUACAUGCAUUGCUUGAGUCGGUUAAUGUUGAUUUCAAGAAACCAACAUUGUUUCUCUCUGAAGUUGUGUUGACAUAUUUACCAGCCAAAAACUCAUCAUUGGUUUUACAAUGGAUUGCAAAAAACUUUUACAAUGCUGUAGUUGUGGUAUUUGAGCAAGUUAAUCCUUGGAAUAGUUUCGGAAAAGUCAUGUGCAAACAUUUUAAACAGAUUGGAAGUCCAUUGCUAACCAUUGAUGAAUACCCGACGAUUGCAAGCCAAGUGGAACGUCAUUGUAACCUCGGUUUAGCUUACUGUAAUGCUACAAGUUUGGAUCGAUUUUACUACUCUUGUGUUCCUGCUGAAAAAAGAAAAUUAUUGGAAAAUUUAGAAAUAUUCGAUGAAUUUGAAGCAUGGCAUGAAGCUUGUCAGCAUUAUUUCAUUUUGUGUAGUACAAACAGCGAAAGUGAAAAAUACAAAAUAUUCUGCAAAAUGCUGUUCGAAGAUGCAAAUGCAAUUUUUAAAGAGAGUCUCCCUGCAGCAGUGAUUUCAUUGAAGCCUAUAUAUAGUGUUGAACCUUCAGUUAAAAGGUUUGGUCAUAGUUCUUCACUUAUCAAGGUAAAGAAAAAGGAUACUGGUCAAGAAAGGGAGUUUAUCAUCGUCAUUGGUGGAUUUGGCAUUCCGGCUGACAGUCUUGCACACCAAAGGCUACAUAAUAAUGUAACAGCGGUUGAUAUAGCUACAGGCAAAUCAUAUAAGUGCAAUGAAACCGAUCAAACAAUGGAUGGAGCUGGUGUAUUUCCAUUUCCAAUGUUUGGGAGUAGUGUUGCUUGCCAACACCAUGAAAAAUCUAUAAUAUUAGUUUUUGGUGGUAGAGCGUCGCCUCUCAAAUGCACAAAUUCUUUAGCAUUUCUGGUAUUUUCUAAUGAAGAUUUACAAGAAGACUGUGAUUGGCAGUAUAAAGUGGAAGUUAUAGAUGUCAAAGAAGGUGAAAAUUGGCCUGCGCCAAGGUGGAGGCAUGCCACUGAGAUUAUUCCUAACAAUCAAAUGGAAAAGUUUAUGAUUUUGUUUGGAGGACGAGAUGACCGAUUAAUUUUUGAUGAUAUGUGGGUAUAUGAUAUUGAAAGUAGGAAAUGGAAUCAAUUAACGCUGCAUGGAAGUGGAAUUUCACCAAGACAUUCUCAUUCUGUAUGUGCAACAAAUGAUGGAAAUAUUCUGUUGUCUGGGGGCAUUGGUGAUGGCAAUGUCAUCUUUGCCGAUUUAUACAUGAUUGGCAUCGAUACAGAAAAUCUUGAAGCAAGUGUGCAAAGGAUCAUCUUAUACUCUCUACCUCCGCUGUUUUCUCACACUUCUCAUUGCUAUGGAGAUUUGUUAAUAUUGGUAGGAGGUGUAACAUCUCACAUCAACUCCAAAUUCGGCGAUGAAAGAGAGCGUGGUAUGAUAACAGUAUUGAAUUUGCAAAAUGGAAAGUCUUCAUCUUAUACUGUAAAUGAUAUAUCAAAUGAUAUCAUAAUGCUUCACAAUCAUACCAGCAUUUUUUCGGUAUUACAGCAGACUUUGUUUAUUGUUGGCGGUGGUGAUAACUGCUUUUCUUUUGGUACAUGGUUCAACAUUUCACCUAUGCAGUUAAUAUUUGAUCAAUCUUUAGAAAUACAUUAACAUUUCGUUCAUCUUU